GUCACUCCACAGACAGUCGCGCACAUGACCGAUCUGAAGGAGUCCUCGAGAGCGAAUCUGGCCAGUCCAGAAUUGGUGAGCAAUAGUUCAGACGAGCAGGAAGAGAAUUCCAAUUCCAGUUCAGAUGAGGAGCAGAAAUGCAACGGGGAAUCGCCCACACGGCGUCGCUCGUCACUGCACAAUCUGCGAUUUCGUGCACAAAAACAUCUGGUCGGUCGAAUGGUCACCAAUCGCCAGUCCAUCAAACCUCUGAUUGGAAAGAAAGCGUACACCGCAUUGAAACAAUUCGAACUGUUGCUCAAAUCGCACAUGUCCAGUUCCAAAGACGUGAAAGCCCUGAUCCGGUCCGUGGUAAAAACUAUCGGCAAACUGGGUGUGGUGGCAAAACAGAACACAUUGACAGAGAACCAAAUGUCCCUUGCCCGGACCGCGAAACAACAGUUCAACACCGUCGCCCUGACAGUGAUCAGUUUUGUGCGAACCGAUUACACGUACAAUCGAGGCUAUUUGAGCCAGUUACUUCGGGACUGUGAACAAACCGUAUGUAAAUGUGUCGUGGAGACUCUGAGCUCAAAAUCCGUGGACCGUAUAAACUUUGUGUUUGAUACACUGUGUGAUCCAACCCUGAUGGACAAUGUAUUCAGUUUGAGUGCAAAAGCGGAACAAAGGAAACACCUGGUGGAUUUGACCGAAUCACUCGAGAUCAUGAUUGCGUCAUCACGCCGCACGUGA